AUGGCCAAUUCUUUAAGAGGAGAAGUUCUGAACCUUUAUAAAAAUCUGCUGUAUCUUGGACGAGAAUAUCCCAAAGGUGCUGACUAUUUCAAAAGGCGUCUGAAGAAUGUUUUUCUUAAAAACAAAGACGUGAAGGACCCAGAGAAGAUCAAAGAACUUAUCCGACGGGGUGAAUUUGUGAUGAAAGAGCUAGAAGCCUUAUACUUCCUUAGGAAAUACAGAGCUAUGAGACAACGCUAUUAUUCAGAUGAUAACAAAAGUAACUGAUCACUUGUACUAUCGCUUGAAAAUCAGCGUGGCUAUUCAUGUAAACCAACAGUUAGAAAAUAGUGAUGUGCCCAACCCACCCGAGCUGCCUUACCACUGGGCAGGGCUUGCCCCUGCACAUGCUCAGUGCUCCGCUGCCCUGCAGCCUCCCUCUUGACGUGGGCAAAGUGUCACGCACUACAUUGCUGCCAGUCAGCAAUCGUCAACUAAUGAACACCCAGUUGUGCAGGAAAAUACAAUGUCCUUGAAAAAGCCUUUAGACUGAAUAAGCUUAUCUCAGUGCACUUCUCUAAUCUGCUCAUGCACAUUUAACAUAGCAAAGUGACGCCCUGGAAAUUGAUUCCUUUGAGGUUUUGAAGGGUACCCACUACUCCAAGGGUUUUUUUUUUGUUUGUUUGUUUAACCCCCAGUGGCACUUUAGGACAUCCACGGUUCCCUACAAAGCAAGUAACACCUGCAGUGAUUAAAGCAGAGUCACAGAGACAGUACGUAUCAAGUACUGUUCUCAUCUUGAAAUGACCUGACAUCACAGACGUGCUUAUUCCACAGCCACUUCUGCUGCCGGCUCCCUUUGGGCCUUGAAACAAAGGACCCACUGUGAAUUACCUCCCACAAUAAAAAGUAAUGAUGUUCUU